ACUAAAAAAAAAAAAAUAUUUUUUUAAAAAGUAAAUAAAAAAAUGGGGUCAUAUUUUGGAAUUUCUACAAUUUUCGUUGUAUGUCUGCUAGGAUUAUCAGCCAAUGGUCAUGAGGUGUUUAGAAUUGGUUCUCCUCCAGGUUCUGAUAUUACUCAGGCAUUUUUCAAAGCAUUCAAAGCGGCAUGCCAAGCUCCGACACCGAGCAAAGUGUUGAUCCCAAAAGGACAGUUCAGGCUCGGUGAGAUCAUUAUGGAAGGUCCAUGCAAAUUUCCAAUCGAGUUCACCUUGCUAGGCACUGUCCAAGCUGACGGGAACGCUGGCCAAGGAAAGGAUAAAUGGGUUGUCUUCCGAAAAAUGAAUGGGUUCAAGUUGAACGGAGGUGGAACCUUCGACGGUCAAGGUACCGCAGCUUGGAGGGUCAAUAACUGUCACCAGACUAAGUCCUGCAAGAAACUUCCCAUCAGUUUGAGAUUUGAUUUCGUGACGAAUGCUGUGAUCAGAGACAUAUCCUCAGUGGAUUCCAAGAACUUCCACGUCAACGUGAUCGGAGCCAGGAACAUGACCUUUGACAACGUCAAGAUCUUGGCUCCAGCAGAGAGCCCUAACACUGACGGGAUCCACUUGGGAAGAAGUGACGGAGUUAGCAUCAUUAACUCUAGGAUCUCCACCGGAGAUGACUGUGUCUCCGUCGGGGACGGGAUGGUGAAUCUUCUCGUAAAGAAUGUCUUGUGCGGUCCUGGACAUGGGAUCAGUGUUGGAAGCCUUGGAAGGUACGGACACGAGGAGAACGUCAGGGGAAUUAGGGUUAUCAACUGCACCGUACAAGAGACUGACAACGGCCUCCGAAUCAAGACAUGGCCCUCCGCAGCUUGCUCCACCACCGCCUCCGAUAUUCAUUUUGAGGACAUUAUCCUUAGAAACGUUAGCAACCCAAUCCUCAUUGACCAGGAGUACUGUCCUUGGAACCACUGCAACAAGCAAAAAUCAUCAUCCAUUAAGCUGGCAAACAUAAGCUUCAGGAAGAUAAGAGGGACAUCAGGAAACAAGGAUGCAGUGAAGCUAUUGUGCAGCAAAGGUUAUCCGUGUGAGAACGUUGUGGUUGGAGACAUUGACAUUCAGUACACUGGAGCCGAUGGUCCAGCCACUUUCAUGUGCUCUAACGUAAGGCCUAAGCUUGUGGGAAUUCAGAACCCAAAGGCUUGCAACACCCCACCAGUGUUGACCCAACCUAAGUAAAUUGUAGAUAUCUCAAAAUAUUUAGGAGUUUCACAUCCAAUUUUUUUUUCAU